CUGUGAGUGAAGCUGAACCCUGUGUCCCUCCGGUCUUCUCUCUCCUCUCCGUUGUUUACGUUUAUCCAACAACAUGGAGGACGAGGUGGAUGUUGAUAUCGAGGGAGGCGAGUUUGAUAGCAGUAUUAGUGAGCUGGACGGAGGAGGAUUAGUCCAGGAGCAGUUCAUCCAGUCUGCGUGGAAGAGCAGAGCUGGGAUACUGCCGUGGGAGCUGGACAGCUCCAUCAGCCCGGAGAACAGAGAGGUGAUAGAGAGGAUGCUGCUGGAGGAACAAUACUACCUGACAGGUGGGGAGGUUCAUAAUAAUAUUUGGGAAAGUGAUGCCAACAACAAGCCCAAAGUAAAAAAGUCCCCAGCCAAGACCUCAGCCGCGGCCUCAGGCCCCUCUUCUCGUUGGUCCAAACAGGAGAAAGAGCUGUUUGAGGAAGGACUGGCUCAGUUUGGUCGAAGGUGGACAAAGAUUGCCAAGUUGGUAGGCAGCCGUUCUGUUCUUCAGGUCAAGAGCUAUGCCAGACAGUAUUUCAAACACAAGGCUAAAUCAGAACCCAGACCUACAGCUCCCUCUGCAGGUCCUGUGCUUCACUUGCAACUUCCUCAGCCCACCUCCAGUCAUGCAUCCACUCUGGCAAACGCUGUCCGCAUAGAGAAGCUUUCUGAUGAAGAGGAUGAGGAGGUAGACAUCACUGAUGGCCUGAGUGAUGAUGACGGAGACUCCGGCGAUAAACCGCAGGCCGCGCUCAAACAUGAGUUCCGUGAGCCAGAGCGUCCAACAGACACCGAGAUCCAGACCGACACUCCCGCAGGAGAUCAGAAACAGGCAGGUCUGACUGAGACAGAGGACCAAACCAGCCACACAGCACUAUCGCUACAAAGUCCUCAAUCCUUGUCUUCCUGCCCUUGCUCGGGAAAGACUGGUGUGACUGGUCUAGAUGAGAAAGGUGAUGAGAGAGUAUCGCUCCAUCCAAAAAGUCUUCAGGCAGGAGCUCAGAAAGAUUCAGACCAAAUGACUGAUGAGAAUGAAGACCAGAGCUCCCAGUCUGAGAGCUCAGCACAGACCGGUCAACUGGAAGAAGCGGGUAGUGAUGACACAGAUAAUGCUGAUAAGGAUGAGCAAGGUGUAACUGAUAGACCAGAAGAUAACCAGGAGGAGGAAGAGAAUGAGGACGAGGAGGAGCUUAAGGCCCCCGAGCAGGAAAUGGAGAUGGACAUGGAGACCAUCGCUGAGGAUGAGAAACAAGCUAUCCCAGAGUUCUUUGAGGGACGACCAUCCAAGACCCCAGGAAGAUACCUUAAGAUCCGAAACUACAUCCUGGAUCAGUGGUUGAAGAGCAAGCCCAAGUACCUGAACAAGACCUCGGUCCGCCCUGGACUGAAGAACUGCGGGGACGUCAACUGCAUUGGGAGAAUACACACCUACCUGGAGCUCAUUGGAGCCAUCAACUUCAACUGCGAGCAAGCAGUCUAUAAUCGCCCAAAGGUGGUGGACCGCUCCAAGCACAAGGAGGGCAAAGAUGUGCUUGAGGCCUACCAACUCGCCCAGAGACUGCAGAGCAUGCGGACCAGGAAGCGCCGUGUGCGGGACAUAUGGGGAAACUGGUGCGACGGUAAAGAUUUGGAGGGACAGACGUAUGAGCAUCUCAGUGCUGAGGAACUCGCUCUGCGGAGAGAGGGGAUGAAGAAGCAGCCCAAACCCUGCAAGAUGUCUAGAUUGUCAAGAGGGUCUUUUGAUCCCUUCCAGUUGAUUCCCUGCAGAUGUUUUGGAGAGGAUGUACAGGAACCAUUCCAGGUUAUUGUGUGUGCAGAGACUCUUCUCAUAAUGGACAUGCACGCCCACGUGUCGCGGGGGGAAGUCAUCGGUCUGCUAGGCGGAACUUUCAAUGAGGAAGAGAAAGUAUUAAAGAUCCGUGCAGCAGAGCCGUGUAACAGUGUGAGUACGGGUUUGCAGUGUGAGAUGGACCCGGUGUCUCAGACACAGGCCUGUGAUCUGCUGUCAUCCCUGGGGUUCAGUGUAGUGGGCUGGUACCACUCACAUCCCUCCUUCAACCCCAACCCUUCCGUGCGGGACAUAAACACUCAGGACCAGUUCCAGAGAUAUUUCUCGCGUGGCGGAGCCCCCUUCAUCGGGAUGAUCGUGAGCCCGUAUGACCCAGCCAAUCGCUCCCCCCACUCUCAAACCACCUGCUUGUUGGUGAAGGAGAGCCUGGAGACUUCAGGCCCACAGAAGCUGCCCUACAGAUUCGACUUCCUCUCAUCACAAGACAUACCAGACUGGGAACAGACGUUGAGAAGAGCUCAGUGGAUCAUUCACAAAUACUGCCAAACACCUGGGAGUGUGCAGAUGGACAGAUUUUUCCGGAAAGACUCCCAUCUCACCUGUUUGGAGAAGAUGCUGUCAUCUCUGGCAAAGUACCUUGAGCCCCUGCCAGAUGAAGAGGGAGACCCUUUCCUCACCCAGAUCCAGACCCUUUUCCAGUCGGACUUUAUUGCCAAGCAGCAACCGCCUGACCAGGAAGAGAGAGAAUCCUUAAAUAUCUCACCCAGACCAGUGGACUCGGACGACCUGGCUUUUGAUCAUCUGAUCAGUGAGCAGAGGCCCCAGGAGGGAGGAAGAGACUCUGAUCUGGAUUGUGGCAGAGCUUCAGACAGUAGCGUACAGCCCGCCACACAGAGCAAAGACACAACCUCAGAGUCAAACAGCAGCACAGUGUUACAUCUGGGCUCUGUGUUGUCGACCGAACAUGACUAUUUACUGUGAUAUAUCUGACUGUACUGCUAAAUACAUUAUUAACAAAGUGUACACUUGUAUGUAAAUACCAUGAUGUUUUGUAUCAGUAUUACCAACUCACUUGUUUACAUUUUAUUAUUUCAGUAAAGCCCUUUAACCAAAAGUAAUGUUUGGGUAUGUGAGAGAUGAGAAUGUUAUGAGCAGGGCAUUUCACUUUAUCAGUUCAGCAGUUUUUUUAAAACAUGAAAAUAAAAAUGUAUUUUCAUA